CUGAUUCCACCAUCUCUGGAGAAAUUAUGUCCGGUGGUGUUUGUUUACUUUAUAUUAUACGAGAAAGAUAAUUAAAGAGUUUCAUUUCUCAUCCAAAUAAAUAAAAAAAGAAAAAGCCUAAACAUUGGUUGAUUUCUUUUCUUUAUUUCAAAGCGAAGAGAGAGAAAACAAAUCGAGGAUCUGAAUCGUCUUCGAUAAACAAAUACUUCCCUAGAUCUUUAAAGCUAAGAUCAUCAAGCUUUCAUUUUUGAGAUCUGGGUUGGGACAAAGAUUCUAUUUUUGUCCACCCGUUUUUAUUCCAUUUCGAAUUCAGCUCGAAUUUUUACAGCUUUCGAUUUUGGCAUUUGUGUGGAGGCUUCCUUAAUUGCGUCUUACGUGCGGUGAGAAGUUUUGCUCAAUGUAAAGAAGUUAAAGAUUCAAUCUUUUUUUUUCCGAGCUUCAAUGGGUGAAUCACAGAACCUGCACUUGCCUCUGCGAAACCGGUCUUCUCUAAAGAAGCCCUUACUGAUUGUUCUAUUAGUCUGCAUCACAAGUGUGCUCUUGGUCUGCACUUACAUGUAUCCACAACAAAACAGUAAGAGCUCUUCUUGUGAGGGUUUAUCUAGCAGAGGCUGUGAAGCGUCACUCUCGGGAUGGCUCCCUGUUCAUGUGAGGAAAUACACGGACGAAGAAGUCGCAGCUCGAGUUGUGAUCAAAGACAUACUGAGAACUCCUCCUGCUCUAACUGCCAAAUCCAAAAUAGCUUUCAUGUUUCUGACUCCUGGUACUUUGCCAUUCGAGAAGCUCUGGGAUAAAUUUUUCGAGGGUCAAGAAGGGAGAUUCUCAAUUUACAUCCAUCCAUCAAGGUUACGACCAGUUCACAUCAGCCGUCACUUUUCAGACCGUGAAAUUUACAGCGAUCAGGUCACGUGGGGAAGGAUUUCUAUGGUUGAUGCUGAGAGGAGGCUUCUUGCAAACGCUCUUGAAGAUCCUGACAACCAACAUUUUGUUCUUCUUUCAGAGAGCUGCAUACCGUUGCAUACGUUUGACUACACUUAUAGAUAUUUGGUUCACGGAAAUGUUAGCUAUAUCGACAGUUUUGAGGAUCGUGGUCCUCACGGGACUGGUAGACACAUGGAUCACAUGUUACCUGAAAUCCCCAGGCAAGAUUUCAGAAAGGGUGCACAGUGGUUCACAAUGAAGCGUCAACACGCUUUGAUAGUGAUGGCUGAUAAUCUCUACUACUCGAAAUUCCGCGAGUAUUGCAGACCAGGGGUAGAAGCAAAUAAGAACUGCAUCGCAGAUGAACAUUACCUGCCUACAUUCUUCCAUAUGCUUGAUCCUGGAGGAAUCUCGAACUGGUCAGUCACAUAUGUUGAUUGGUCUGAGCGUAGAUGGCAUCCAAAGACAUACAGAGCUCGUGAUGUCUCACUCAAGUUCUUGAAAAAUAUCACGACCGACGACAUGAGUGUACACGUAACAAGCGUUGGCAAGCGUGGAGAAGAGCUGCAUUGGCCUUGUACAUGGAACGGAAUUAGACGACCAUGUUAUCUAUUCGCAAGGAAGUUUCACUCAGAUUCUGUUAACAAGCUGGUCAGACUCUUCCCAAACUACACGAGCACAGUGGUCUGAGAGAGACAGAUAAAGCCAGACACAAAUUCUUGAAACAGAACCAUACGAUUCUUGGGACCGGAAUGAAACGCUUCUUCCAGAUUAUAUCGAGAUUGGAUCGAAUUGGAUAGCUGAUUACUGUACAUUUUCUAAAGAAUCUGAAAAAUGCUUUCUUUCUGGGAUUUAGUGUCUCUUUGAUGGGACAGGUUACUCUGUUUUUCUUUAGUAUAACAGAAAAAGUUAGAAGCAGAGAUUUUUGGUUAAGGAGAAAUGGUUAUUGCCAUAGUAGCCAUGGUUCGGUUAGUGUGAACCGGUUUAUGUUGUUGUAGUUUGAGCCAUUAGUAGUUGUGUUUAGCACGAAUACGUGUUCUGUGCCAUAUAAUACAAAUAUUCGGUUUUUU